CGUGUUGUUGUUAAGAAACAUAAAGAUGUAUCGAGUAUUCAUUGGCAGUGUAUUUGUGGUGUUCUACAUGGCUACAGUUUCUACGGCUGCAAGUGUAAAGAUUGUUAAUGGUGACGAUGCCGACAUAGAAGAUCAUCCAUGGAUGGUCUCUUUUCAGCUAGGAAAAAGUGGAGUAAAUUUUACCCAUAAAUGUGGAGGAGCAAUUAUUGACAAAAGCUGGGUUCUUACAGCAAGACAUUGCAAUCUUUACAAUAAUGUGAAGGAUAUGCAAAUUGCAGCUGGAAGCUCUUUCUUGAGUCAGAUGACAGAAAUUAUACCAGUGAAAAAGUACUAUAUGCACGAAAUCUAUGGUACAGGUUAUGUUACUCCAAAUGACCUUAUGCUACUGGAGCUUCAAAAACCGCUUAAAUUCGGGUCUACUAUAAACAAAAUCGACCUGGACACUAAUGUAGGCCAUAAUUAUACAGGAGAGGUGUGCACAAUAGCAGGAUGGGGAGAUACAGAUGUAACAAAUGGACAGCGUUUCCCCAGAGGGAUUUUGCCGGAUCGUCUACAAGUGCAGUAUAUGCCUGCUGUUUCUAAAGCAUACUGUAAUAAUACUUGGAAUUCGUUUUUCGGGUUUCGGUUGUUUCCAGUGAACUUUAUCAACACCAUUAUUUGUCUUCAAGACAAGGAUAAGGAUUCUUGUAUUGGUGAUAGUGGUGGACCAAUGGUAUGCAGUAAUAAACUUGUAGGCACACUAUCAUUUGGUAAAGACCUUUGCGAUGGAACUUUACCAAGUGUGCAUACUAGAAUUUCUGCUUACUUGGACUGGAUUAAAGACAAAAUUAAUAAAAAAAAUAACAAGAAUAAGAAGGAUAAGAAAAAGAAGAAAAAUGAUAAGGCAAAGGCAAACGGAAGGAGAAAGGGAAAGAACAACAAAAAUAAAUAA